CGCCCCGGUCCUGUCUCAGUCUCACAUGUAUCAAAGUGUGCACGCCUGUUGAAGCAGUUGGAGAACGAAAACAUCGCAUUUGUUCAUUUUAAUCUCCUUCUUCGAUCAUUAUUGUGGACAUAAUGAGCUCCCAGAUCACAUGUGUUGGCUGGGUGAAACGUGGCGUUGCCAAGGAAACCCCUGACAAGGUUGAACUGAGUCAAGAGGAGCUUCAACGAAUCAUAACAGAAGCCAGAGAAGAUCUCGGGGAAGUAGAGGAUGAUGAUGAGGAGGAUGAGGGCAUACCAAAUGAUGAAGAUCCAUCUAAGGAAGCACCAGAUGAGGAUGAUGAGUUUGGUCCAAAGGAUGAGAAUGAUGAAGAGGAGGAAGAUGAUGAGUUGGCUGAAUAUGGCCUGGAUAAAUAUGAUGAAGAGGAUACAGAUACCGCCAACCUCGGUGACAGUCUGGCCGGGCUCACAGUGUUCAGCUCUAACGACGAGGAUCCUUACAUCACCAUCAAGGACACAGACCAGUAUGAGCGAGAAGACUUCCAGAUCAAACCCACAGAUAACCUCAUCCUGGCUGGAAAAACAGAGAAGGACUGCUGCAACCUGGAGAUCUACAUUUAUACCUCGGAGGAGGACUCCAUGUAUGUCCAUCAUGACAUCCUGCUGCCAGCCUAUCCUCUGUGUGUGGAAUGGCUGGACUUUGACCCGAACCCGCAGGAAGGACCAGCUAACUACGUCGCCGUGGGCAACAUGACUCCUCAGAUAGAUGUGUGGGAUCUGGACGUAGUGGACUGUCUGGAGCCGGUCUUCUCCCUGGGAAGCAAAAAGGCGUCUAAGAAGAAAAAGAAAAGCAAGAAGGCUGCAGCGGAGCCUGUGGACGGACACACGGACGCUGUACUGGAUCUGUCCUGGAACAAGCUGGUCAGGAGCGUGUUGGCCAGCGGCUCUGCAGACGACACCGUCAUCCUGUGGGAUCUGUCUCAAGGCAAACCGGCCACCACUCUGAGAAGGCAUACAGACAAGGUCCAGACCUUAUCCUUUCACCCCUUUGAGGCUCAGACUCUGAUAUCUGGAUCGUACGACAAGACAGCUGUCCUCUAUGACUGCCGGAGUCCAGACAGCAGCUACAGAACCUGGAGGUUUAGCGGCCAAGUGGAGCGACUCGUCUGGAACCAUUUCUCUCCCUUCAACUUCCUGGCUAGCACUGAGGACGGCUUCGUCUACUGUCUGGACGCCCGCUCCGAUAAACCGCUGUUCAGUCUGAAGGCGCAUGACGAAGAAGUGUCAGGUUUGGACCUGAGCAGCCAGAUCAAAGGAUGUCUGGUCACCUCCUCUGCUGACAAACACGUAAAGAUUUGGGACAUUUUAGGCAACAAACCCAGCCUGGUCCACUCUCGGGAUAUGAAAAUGGGGAUUCUGUUCUGUGCCUCCUGUUGCCCUGAUCUGCCCUUCGUCUACGCCUUCGGAGGCCAGAGGGAAGGCCUGCGCGUUUGGGACAUAAGCGAAGUUGCAGCAGUGAGCGAGGUGUUCGGCAACCGAGAGCGCAUGGCGGUGAACUCUGGGAGCCAGGCCUCCACGUCUGCAGCCUCAGCAGACAUGGAGGUCUCCUAGUGACCCUCAGAUCUAGCUGUAAAGAUGAGUUACCAUGGAAACCAAGCAAGCUUCCUGGUUGUGUUCGGUUGAGGGAAGGAUUGAACCGGAGAAGAAAGACUGGAGCAAAAACCUCUUCAUGAAAUGCAAAAACAAAGUAAUUUAUUCUGAGGAGGCAGGAUUGAUAUUUUUCUAGCUUUGCUGAAGGGGUGAAUAUUUCCUCUGAUCUUUCAGUUUGCCUUUGAUUACAUUAAACAUGAAACUCUUCUGAUAACAUGAAAGAAAUAAAUAAUUGGAUGUUGUAUAGUAAAUAGAGUCACUUUCUACCAACAGGAAAACAAAUCGUCAAAAUGUCCGGUUUUUUAUAAAUAAAUUGGUGAUUAACCCGGCUUAUAUAUAUA